AUGGCCCAAGGGAAAGAGCAAAAACUCCCCAUCGAGUUGAUCCACCAUAUCAUCUCGCUGGUGGAUGGUCGUUCCAACCUCGCUGCGUGUUCUAGGCUUGUAUGUCGCGAUUGGAGCGAGGUCUGCCGACCUUACAUCUUCGAUAACUAUACCAUUUUCUUAAAAGGCGACAACAUUGUUUCCCGCCUGUUAUUUCUCCACUUCACGACUCCCCACCUCAGCGAAUACAUCGCUCACGUCGACCUCGCGUGGAACACAAGUGCUGGUUUCCUCCCAGACUGGAUCCCCAAGUGCUUUAGGCGGUUCAAGAAUUUACGUUCGUUAUACCUUGACGAGGGCAUCACGAGCUUGUCAUCAAUUCCACUGCCACUGGCCUUGGGUAUCACAUCGCUGCUAUCUGCUCCUCGCAUCAAGGAGCUAUCCAUUUUAGAAUGGGCCAUUGCGGAGGAUUCGUCUGAACUUGUCGCUAUGUUAGCCUCGUGUUGCAAGACUUUAGAACGUUUGAUGCUCCAAGGUACUUAUGUCUGCGACACCCCGACCAAUUCAGUCGGCUCUGCGUUAAUAACUGCGCCACCAUCAAUUGUAUUCAUGGAAGCCCUACGCAGCCUAGAGUUAUUCCAGACAUGUCAUCCGACGCUGGAUACUUGUCUUCGUUGCCCUAAACUCGAAUCCCUGGAGAUCCGAACACCUACAGUUAUAUGGCAGCUGCCCACAUGGGUUCCAGAUGGGUUGCAGGAACUCUCGAUUUACUCAACAGCUCGUCGAUUUGUCCCGAAUCUUGGCAAAAUCAUCCAUCCUGCGCUGCUUGCGAUCCGGGUUUCCGGAUACUAUCCAUACCCCAUGUUUACCUCUUGGAUCCAGGAAUGCAUCAAUCUCCUCCCAUUCCCAGAUCGCCUGCGCCGCUUUAAAAUACACAUCGGCCAACUUGGUAUAUGGUCGGAGGUGCCUUACCCCCAACUCUCGGACUAUGGAGUAUUGUUACGCAUCCUCCAGCAGCUCCUUGCGCAUGGUUCACUGGAGCGCAUUGACUUGAAGAUUGUGAUCACUAUGGAGGCACAUACUCGCCCUGCCUGGGAGGCGGGCGAUCAGGCGAGAGAGGCAAGCAAGCUUCUGGUGGGGCUUGCUCCGCUCUUGGAGGCGAAAGUGUUGCACGCAGUGUUUAUCUUCCAGCGAUGGCGCAACAUGGAUCUCGAAGUACUCUGGUCUUGGUCUGAGCCUUACUUUAAAGCGCCAAGGAAGUGCGUCGUAACUGAUUCAAUUCAACAGGGACUCAAACACCCCUCGUCUGCCAAUGACUGA